ACAACAAAGAAAUCACUAAUGGCAUCUUUAGGUACUCUUUUGCCCCUUAUUUAUGUCUUUUUCCUUCUUUUCUCUCCAAACCAGGGAAAAAUACUUGAUAAUAACCCAAUCAAAAACCUUCAAGGUUGUCACAAAGGUGACAAAGUGCAAGGUCUCCAUAAACUCAAAAUAUACCUUGCCAAAUAUGGUUACCUAAAUUACCAACACAGCCCUGACCAUACCAAUGCCGACGAAUUUGAUGAAGAGCUUGACGCCGCACUCAAAAGUUACCAAAACUUUUACCAUCUUAAUGCUACUGGGGUGCUAGAUGAAACUACCGUUUCACAAAUGCUUGUACCGCGUUGUGGACAUCCCGAUAAGACAACUCACCAGCACGGGAAAAAAUUGUUGAAUAUCGUGUCUCAUUAUUCAUUCUUCCCAAAUAACCCCAAAUGGCCCCCAAGUAAAUCACAUCUCACAUAUGCAUUCGACUCUGACUAUCCAACUAAUUACAUACCGCCUGUUGUUCGUGCCUUCAAUACAUGGAUGACUUCUUCUAGGUACUUCACAUUUUCUAGAGUCGGUGAUAUUCAAGGUGCGGACCUAAAGAUUGCAUUUGAAAAACCACAACAUGGAGAUGCCGACUUUGAACCAGGAGUGUUGGCACAUGCUUAUGCGCCAACAGACGGAAGGUUUCAUUACAAUUCAGAUGCUAGUUGGUCUGUUGGACCAGGUCCAGUUCCAAAUCGCUUUGAUUUAGAGACCGUGGCGCUUCAUGAAAUAGGACAUCUACUUGGUUUAGGUCACAGUCAAUAUCGAGACGCGGUAAUGUUUAGUGGCAUCCCAGCAGGAACUGUCAAAGGUUUGAACUUUGAUGAUAUCCAAGGAAUCAAAGUUCUGUAUGGACUUAAUUAGUCUAGCGAUCGAUGAUUAUUCCAGUCCAAGUUCAGAAGACCAUCACCAAGACCCAAAAAGUCAUCCUAAAUUUGUUACACGCAUAUUUUCUUCUUUAAGUUUACCAAAGUCUUUGUUUGUACUUUAAUUUUUCUUAUGCAUGUAUUUAAGUGGAGUAUUUGAAUAAAACGAAAACACCGAAAAUUGCCCCAAAA